AUGGCCCCAUUACUGACGAAGAGCCAAGCUGAAGAGCUGCACAAAGCCAUGCUUGGGUAUCUGUCAUCAAUUAACGCAUCCCAAAGCAUAAGUGUUCUCCGAGAAGAACUCGAAGUACACCACUCCUUGACCGAAGCCUCCGUCAAGAAAUACGAAGGACUCCUGGAGAGAAAAUGGACCAGUAAUGCACGACUCCAAAAGAAAAUAAUGGACCUAGAAUCCCAACUAUCAACUCUCCAAACCCAACACAUCCACACAAAUUCGACACCCAAAGACCCCAGGACAUGGCUUCCGGGGCCAGCAAUACAUACUCUUCAGUCUCACCGCAGCGCCAUCACCGAUAUAGCCCUCCACCCAAUCCAUAGCACCCUUGCUUCCUCCUCCGACGAUAGCAGCAUCAAGAUCUGGGACCACGAAUCCGGCGACCUCGAAAAAACCCUUCGCGGCCACAUCCGCAGCUGCAAUGGCGUCGAUUUCGGCGGCUUUCCCGAAACAUUGCUCGCAUCCUGUUCCAGCGACCUGACAAUCAAGAUCUGGGAUCCAGCAAAGGAAUACGCGAAUGUGCGGACAUUAUCAGGACAUGAGCAUUCGGUGACGAGUGGGGGGAAUUUACUAGUAUCGGUAAGUCGGGAUGGGAGUGUGAGGAUCUGGAAUGUGGGAUCGGGAUUCUGUGUUCGAGUGCUGUAUGCUAGAGAUUGGAUCUAUGCUGUUUGUCCUUCUGGGGAUGGGAGAUGGAUUGUCUCUGGGGGACGGGACGGAGGGGCGACGAUUUGGGAUCUGGCGUCUGGUAGUGUGAAGGCUGUGUUGGAUGGACAUGAGCAUUAUGUUGAGUGUUGUGUUUUUGCGCCGGUGGCGAGUUAUGGGGCUUUGGCUAAAAUGGCCGGGGUUAAGAGGCCGGAUUCGGGGAGCUUGGGGGAGUUUGUGGCUACGGGGUCGAGGGAUAAGAGUGUGAGGCUGUGGAAUUCGAGGGGGAUUUGUAUCAAGCGGUUGGAUGGACAUGAGAAUUGGGUGCGAGGGUUGGUGUUUCACCCGGCGGGGAGAUAUUUGAUCAGUGUUGGUGAUGAUAGAUCUAUGCGAUGUUGGGAUCUGGAGCAAGAGGGGAGAUUGGUGAAGACGCUGGAAGGACAUGAUGCCUUUGUGACUUGUAUUCGAUGGGCGCCGAGCAUGCAGGGUGAUAAAGUGGAUGAGAGGAAGGGGAUUCGAUGUGUGGUUGCCACUGGAUGUGCAGACUCACGGGUGCGAGUGUUUCGAUAG